UUAUCAUAACAUAUUUAGCAUCCUCUGACACCAUCUGAAAUAUCUGGUGGAAUAAUUGUCAUGGGUUUGGAUACUUUUCUUUUGGAUUAACGGAUAUUACUAGGCCUACGAUCUGCUAAAGCAUCUAAAAUAGGAUGCUCAAUAGUCUAUGCCUAUAGAUAGAAUAUUUGUUAUUUCUGAAAUAGUAAUUGCUGAACUGUGCUGUGAUUUUAUUGCGCACUUUAUUCUAUUCCAUGAUCUAGGCUACUUUUUGUUUUGGGAAUAUAGUUUCAGGUUGUAGGUUAGGAAACACUCUGAGCAGUGAUAAUUUAUUGAAUGAGUUAGCCUAUUCAUUUCAAGUAGCCUAUUAUAAUAAUAGAAUAAAGAUGUGGACUUUUCUUGGAAUUGCAAGUUUCACCUACAUUUAUAAGAAAUGCGACGCAGUUUUGGAGUAUGCUCACAAAGAGAUAAUCCUGGCGGCUGUAGUGUUCUUGGCAGUGGGGAUGCUGCUAUCCUAUGUCAGGUACCACGGACAUACAUUCAAGGUACCCCAAAUUCUACAAUUACCGCUGGAACUUUUAUUAUCCCUACCGGUCAUCAAUACAUUUAUACCGAGACCCUCAGCUGUCAGGCACAGGAGUGGAGAGAGCGCUUCAAAGAAGGGAGGUGGCAGGAGGAAACGAGUGGCUUCCUCAGGCAUGGAGAGCCCCCCAGCAGCAGGUGACUCUCCUGCAUCUCAGGAGCCAGAUGUGAUCAUCGUAGGGGCGGGAGUCCUGGGGUCGGCCAUGGCUGCAGUGCUGGCCCGGGACGGCCGGAGGGUCACUGUGAUAGAGAGGGACCUGAAGGAGCCUGACAGGAUAGUUGGAGAGCUGCUGCAGCCUGGUGGAUACAGGGCCCUGAGAGAACUGGGAAUGGAGGGUUCGGUGGAGGGGCUGGAUGCCCACGUGGUGAACGGCUAUGUGAUUCAUGACAUCGAGAGCAGCACAGAGGUGGAGAUCCCAUAUCCCCAGGCAGACAGCAGUAUCCAGUGUGGCAGGGCCUUCCACCACGGACGCUUUAUCAUGGGCCUGCGCAGAGUCGCGCUCGCUGAGCCAAAUGUUACGUUCAUAGAAGGCACUGUGUCCAGCCUGGAGGAAGAGGAUGACUGUGUGACAGGAGUGCAGUACAGGGACAAGGAGACAGGAGACACAAAGGAGGUCCAUGCAGCAGUAACUGUAGUAGCUGACGGCUGUUUCUCAAAGUUCAGGAAGAGCCUGGUAGCUGGGAAGGCCCAGACCUCCUCUCACUUUGUUGGAUGCAUCAUGAAGAACUCUCCCCAGUUCAAGCCCCACCAUGCUGAGCUGGUCCUGGCCAACCCCAGCCCUGUCCUUAUCUACCAGAUCUCCUCCUCAGACACCAGGGUACUGGUGGACAUCAGGGGAGAGAUGCCCAGGAACCUCACCGAGUACAUGGCUGAGAAAAUACACCCACAACUACCAGAACACCUAAAAGAGCCGUUCAUGGUGGCUCUGCAGAAUGACCGGCUGAGGUCUAUGCCAGCAAGCUUCCUGCCUCCGUCCCCAGUCAACAAGCCAGGUGUGCUCCUACUGGGUGAUGCCUACAACAUGAGACACCCUCUGACCGGAGGAGGGAUGAGUGUGGCCCUCAACGACGUCCUGAUCUGGAGGAGCCUGAUGAAGAACAUCCCUGACCUGUACGACAACACAGCCAUGCUCCAGGCAAAGAAAAAAUUCCACUGGGAACGCAAGUCAUCACAUUCCUUUGUGGUGAAUGUGUUGGCUCAAGCCCUGUAUGAGUUGUUUGCUGCAACAGACAAUUCUCUCCACCAGCUGCGAAAGGCGUGCUUCCUUUACUUCAAGCUGGGUGGGGAGUGCAUCAACGGUCCCAUUGGUCUUCUCUCAGUGUUGACGCCCCAUCCGAUGACUCUGAUUGGACACUUCUUUGCCGUCGCCUUGUACGCCAUCUACUACAGCUUCAAGUCUGAGUCGUGGCUCACCAAACCCCGAGCCUUAUUCACGAGUGGAGCUAUCCUGUACCGCGCCUGUACCGUCAUGUUUCCCCUCAUCUACUCUGAGUUGAAGUACCUGGUGUACUGAGCAGUGCUCUAAUCUGAGCCCUAACGCGGUGGAACGCACACCAGCCUUAGACAACAGGGUCGUAUUCAUUAGUGCACAAACGUAGGAAAACAUUUUGCAAUGGAAUACGAAGACAAGUUCAGGUUGUCCCCUACCCUGUUUCUGCCUGUUGUCUUCCAUUUAGUUUCUAGUGAAUACGACUCUGGUUUACUGAGCAGUGCCAUCACUGACCCCCGGUGGAGAAUACACACACCACCAGCCUUAUGGUGACAUGACAUACAAACAGUACAGUGACCUAAAGAUACACUAUGGAAGUGUAGUUGUCAACUGUCAAGUCACAUUUAGGCUGUAUGUAUGAUCUAUAUGAAACCACUUAGUUUUAGGCCAACAAUUUAUGCUUUUACUCGUUGGGUGUGGGGAGGCAUGCCACUUUCUGUCCAAUUAAGUAAUUUCUGGACAAUAUUUCUGUCCAUUUAGGCCAGGGAUCCCUUUUUGGCUCAAGAGCACACCUAGAGGCAACAAUUCUGUAUAGCCUCUUUAAUAUUACACCAUCCUAUCAUCACUAUCAACAGGGAUGUCUUCUGAGGACAGGGUCUAAAUUGAGUGACAAUUAUUAUUUAGUAAUGCCUUGCAUAUUCAGAAUUUACAUUACAACCAUAUAAUUACAUAGUGUAACAGACAAUGCGUAAUAAGAGGUUUGCAUUAGCAACUCUUAAUUGCAAAUCUGACCAAAUAACCAGCUGAAUAUACAGUAGGACUGACUACAGGUGUCUGUCAAACCACUUUGAUGCUAAAUUUCUUGUGGAAAUUGAGCAUGAGGACAAAAAAUGUCCGUCCUGCUUGUAAACGACUGUGGUUGUCUUCUAUCUUCUCUCUAUGCCAAUGACUUCUUUCAACCCGAAGCACUUACACUGUUGGUUCCCCCCACAUGAAGCGGAGUGUAAAUGACGGCCAAAAAAAAACACAGUUGGCUGUUUGUCCACCCUUCCUCCAAACGGUGUCCUUAUUUUGUUCUGAAAAAGUAUGUUCCUUGUGCAUUUGCAAUUAUAUUUUAACUGUACAUGUACAAACAAAUGAUAAUGUAUUGAACUGUUUAUUGGUUCAAGUCAGAUCGCCUGUCCUUAACUUUUGCCAAGUUAUGGUUUUCCUGCCUUAAAAGUUUUUCUUCUUUACACAUUGUGACAAGGGAUUUUUUUCAUGACACCUCUGGUACGUUCACUUCUUUAAAAGUCAUUCUUCAGUUGUGAUCACCUGCUGGAAUUAAAGCGUGACUGUCCGAGGAUUGCAGUGUUGAGCGUCACCUAGUGGACCCUCCAGUGUGCCUGGAGAAGAAGAGAGGAGGGUUGCAACAGAAACAAAUAGCACAAUGAGAUGGGAGCUGAUUCAGGACCUGAGAUAGUUGGAUGGAGCCCAGCCCCAAAACAAGUCCCUGACCGAUGGUCCACUGCUCCAUCCAUCUCUUCAGAGUUUAGAGAGGAAUUCAUGACAGAAUUUUGCACUGUGUUAAGAAUAUUUACUUGUAAUUAUAUUUUGUUUAAUUUCUUGUUUAAUAAAUGAGCAAUAAUGGAGUUAAAUAUCA